GGUCCGCCGCCGCCGAAAAGGAACCACUCCCAACGAUUGUAGCGAGUGAUUCUCCUACAUGUUAUAAACGGGGUUUUCGACGAAAGAAAGUUGUGGACGCCGUUUAAACAGUACAUGCAGUUUUCUGGGCCGGUGGUGAUUUUGAAUUAGCGGCGUUUGGAAGGAUUGGAAGCGGCUACAGGCGUUUGCGGACGACUGAGCCCAAUUUGCCUUGUAACUUUCGGCGCAACUUUCAACCAAAAAUCGAUUCAGAAUGCAGCAGAACCAAAGCCAUGGCGCGGGUGACCUCGAAAGUCUUAGGCAAGAAGCAGAAGUAUUGAAAGCACAGAUCAGGGAUGCAAGGAAAGCAGUGUGCGAUACAUCCCUGACACAAGUAACACAUAAUAUUGAAGCUGUCGGUAGAAUACAGAUGAGAACUAGAAGAACACUUCGAGGACAUCUUGCAAAAAUAUAUGCAAUGCACUGGGCUACUGAUUCAAGGAAUUUAGUUAGUGCUUCACAAGAUGGAAAGCUUAUUGUUUGGGAUUCAUAUACAACUAACAAGGUACAUGCAAUACCUUUACGAUCCAGUUGGGUGAUGACAUGUGCAUAUGCUCCCUCAGGAAAUUAUGUUGCAUGUGGUGGACUGGACAAUAUCUGUUCCAUAUACAGCCUGAAAACAAGAGAAGGAAAUGUCAGAGUCAGUCGGGAGUUGCCUGGUCACACAGGUUACUUGUCAUGUUGUCGUUUCACUGAUGACAACCAAAUUCUCACCAGUUCAGGAGAUAUGACCUGUGCUUUGUGGGACAUUGAGACUGGACAGCAAACAACCACAUUCAGUGGUCAUACAGGCGAUGUGAUGAGCCUAUCGCUCUCUCCAGAUAGCAAAUCUUUUGUGUCGGGUGCUUGUGAUGCAUCAGCAAAGCUGUGGAGUAUACCGGAUGGCAUGUGUAAACAAACUUUCACAGGACAUGAAUCAGAUAUCAAUGCAGUAGCAUAUUUUCCCAAUGGAUAUGCAUUUGCAACAGGGUCUGAUGAUGCCACUUGUAGGCUGUUUGACAUCCGAGCUGAUCAGGAGCUCAUGGUUUAUGCUCAUGAUAACAUAAUCUGCGGCAUCACCUCCGUGGCCUUCUCCAAGAGUGGUCGCCUGCUAUUGGCUGGUUAUGAUGAUUUCAACUGCAACGUAUGGGACACAUUGAAAGGAGAGCGGGCAGGCGUUCUUGCUGGGCAUGACAACCGUGUCAGUUGUCUGGGUGUAACUGAUGAUGGCAUGGCUGUUGCUACCGGUAGUUGGGACAGUUUCUUGAAGAUCUGGAACUAAGCUCCUCUUCCUUCUUCCUUAUUCUCCCUAUCUCUGAGAGCAAAGUUUUAGUGGUUAUAUUUUAUACAUUGUGAUAUAAGUUGUGGUUCUUAUUGGACAGUGCACAAGUUUAAAGGUGCACUUGUCGAUGUUGUCAUUGCUCCCUCCACUAAAGUCAUUGUAUUUUAGAUCCUACACUUUAAGAAACAGAUUUGUGACACUUUGCUUACAUCUCAUGGGAGGGGCUCAUGGGGCCACCUUUGAUCGCAAAAGAAUGCAUAGAUUUUUGCCACAAAAGUUGCGCAUUGUAACAGAAUCACCUGUGUAAAAAAAGAAAUUGUUGCGGAAUAGUCUAUAGGAUAAAAGAGAAGUCAUGAUUUAUGUGUUUGGUUUUACUUGAAUAAUUUUACCCCCCAAGCCAAUAUGAAUGAAACUUUAAAACAAAAGUCUAUAAAAGAAAACUACGAAAAAUAUUCCUGGGUACUAAAAUGCGCACGUGUUGGUAUCAUUUUUCUCUUUACUUUUCUUUGUAUCUGCGCUUGUCGCUCCUGUAAUUGUGAAUAAUAUUGACAUAUCGUGUUGACGUAUCAUGAUGCUUAAGUGUAAAAAAGAUUUAACUGCUUGCGGCAAGCCAGCUGGAGUGUUGGACUGGGCUGUUUUACUCUAACUUUGCAUUGAAAUUCAUCGUUAUUUCUUUAAUCAAUGCACAAUACAUAUAAAAUUAUAUCUAUUUUUCAAAGGAAACAGAAAUCAACGAAUGCAGUUAAUUUCAAGCGGUGGGGAGAAGUUUUCGCUGUCUGCACUAUGUCAUGCUAUAAAAGACAGUUGUAAGAAAAUGCUCCUCUUUCAAAAAUAAUUUUAACUCUUAAGCUUAUUUCGCUUCAAAAACUUGAUUCCAAUUUUGUUACGGAAAAUUUUAAUUUCAAUCUGGCUGCACCAUUUUUUCGGUGUAACCUGCGCUCGUUGGACAGUUCCAGUGCAAUUCUUCCAGCUUGUGGCUGUAGUCACUCCAUAGCUAAGUAAAUCAUAGGGUUUGUAACUGUUAGCAGUCGAAGGCCAAGAGAGUGUAAUUCUGGUCGUAAAACCGACUUUAUAUUGUCAUUGUGAAAUGUGAGUCAAUAAAGAUGAAGACUUCAAUGUA